AUGCCUGAGAAGCGUGGAAGACCCCCUAAGGAGGACGGAGAUGAGCGGAAAAGACAGAAACGUGAAGCAGGUGCUCGACGGGCACGGAAACACUACAACGAACAUCGACGGGCGCAGUCACCCACCCAGGAAAACCUCCAGCCAUAUGAAAGGAUGGUCGACUUUACGAUCAUGGGGCAAGGUCCUGCGGAGUUGGAAGCUGCGCAAACACUUGCAGCAAUGAAUCUUCGUGUCCAAGCGUUGACUCUUGCUCAAGACUUUCCGGAUGCGCAACUCCGCGAGGGAGCCACCCCCGUCGACGAGCAUGCUACAUUAUAUGAUGAUAAUGAGUUGAUCGCAGCUAGGAACGAUCUACGGCGUCCGAGUCCUACCCUUCGCUACGCUACUAUGGACAGAGCCUCCCCCCGACCAGUAAGCAGUCCGUCGGGUCGAUCACGAGUUCCUCGAUUUUCUUCGACGCGGUCUCCUCUCAAUCGACUAUCGACACCUAUAACGCGUACUAUUCAACCGUCCCCCAUCCGCCCUUCUUUUAGCCCUAUUUCUCCUACGCUUGUCGAGAAUAAAUGGACACAGCGUAGAGGCAGUGAAGAUUUAAGAUUCGCAGACAAUGAUCUUGAGGAUGACGCAGACGACGGAGAUGCCACUGAGCAGUACAGUCUGGGCGACUACCGUGAAGAUGCCGAAGUAAGAGGUGAUGAAACACCCAAGGAUGAUGAUAACCAUGGCGCAGAGUCUAGUGAUGACAACGAAAUCAAUUUCAUAGGUCGCGACGAAGAAAGUGAACCUCCCAUUUCUGAUCUGCAGUACGCGGCUGAAAAGCUCUUUGCAUUUUUCCAAGGCGACGUGGGCGGCUGCACGGAGGAGCAACAUGAUGAACGGCGGCGGCAGCGCAUGGCCAGCGUGGCCGAUGACGACCACCACGGCUUGGAUGACAUUUUCAAUGAUCCUGACACCCCUUCCGUACUGACAUCGCCUGAUUUGCUGACUCCUGAUCGACUGGCCCGCCAUGUGCCUCCCACUCCUGCGCAGUUACAGUCUAUGUUUUGUGGCAUUUCUCCCCAGCAGCCCCGUCCCCCCUAUGUUUGUUUACACCUAGAAGAAACUCGCGCCCAGCCUCCUCGACAAGGGUUCGACGUUGACAGCUUUCUGGGAUUUCUGCAUUCACUGGCCGCCUGUCGAGAAGGCCUAUGGCACCAGCCCGCCCCUCAAGCACGACAGAACAUCACGACCGAUGUCCACCUGGAAACCCCCAUGUUCGUCCAGGGCGAAGAUCCGGAGCAAGCACCUCGUGCGACUUUAGCUAUGCUUCGAGAUGUUCCGCAUAUACUCUUCGGUCGAGUCGCCAACGACCACGACAUCACCAUUCACAUCCUGUUCCCUCACCUUCCCCGCCCGCAAGAGAAGUUCGUUUCCCUCACGCAGGAGCAACUAUCACGCUGGCUAGAUCAAAUCUUCUACCCGAUCCUCUAUCCGUAUUGCGAAGCUGGAUAUACGCAACAUCUCCCGGCCAGCUUUCGGAACGCGUACGCGGAUUCCAAAGCUCGUCAGGUCGAAGCACGCCUCGUGGAGACGGCUAGUUAUCAAGCCCAGCAAUCACUUGGCUACCAUCUUCAGCCCGAAUACCUAGGCUCGAUUUGGACGGACAUCCUCCACAGGAUCGAGACAACACCGGGUCUCGCGGACUUUCGAGAGCCCCAACUAUUUUUUUCGAGCAAAGGAAGAAAGUUGAAAUUCAUGACUAGUCGUUCUCGACCGACCCAGUUAGAUUCUAUGGAACGCUUUGAGCGUCAUUUCGAGAAUGUCUUUGACCUGGAAUUUGUCGACCUCGAGCGGACCUAUAUCGACGUGGGAACCGAGAUCUGUCCCUCUGUCAGCCACGUUCCUACCCAUCGGACGCACGUCGACGAAGAAGCUCAGGUCUAUGCCUGGAAACGUUGCUGCCUGGAACAAAUCAUCCGUCGGCUCUACGACGAUAAGCCUCCUGCAAAAAACGGGAAAGGGCAGCGGUUCUAUGACCAGAAUAUGCUGUAUGAAGCCUCUAGCGUCACCAGUGUGCCCCCUAAAGGAUCUCGACUCUAUCACGGAGACGUCCGGUACAUCCAGCUCUACGGCUCCGUCAAGGAAGUCUGGGAUCGAGCCAAACGUCCACCGUUUAGCAACGAUGGGCUGGAAGAGAUGGCGUUAGACGACCAAAUUCGGCAGGCUGCCCGACACCUCGCCGGAGGUCGUCGACGAGAGGCGAAGACCAUCGAACGGAGCUAUUGCACGGCCAAAUGUCGGACAUGUGAUGAUCUCCGGGACGCACGGCUGAAAUCCUUCAGCAUUCGCGCCGAGUUUCGCAUUUCAUGGGCCUUAUUUCAAGCUCUCAUGGCUCGCCUGCGUCUCGAACCGCGCGACCAGCUCGAGGUCACGCACGCCGAUUGUCCCUCGUACGCUUGGGCGAUCAAAACGGAGGUGUACCUGAACUUCCUCUGGCGUAACGCGGACAAAUUCGCCACUCUAUUUGAGAUGACUCGCGCGCGAUGCCGACGAGACUUGGUGACGUGGGAGCAGACUCUAUAUAUCUCCCUACGCCUAAGGUUAGACCUACCCCUUGGAAUUUCUUUAUUUUUAGCUUAUCUUAAUUUACUAAUUCUUAAUUAA